AUGGGGGGUCCGUUCACCGAGCGGCAGGCGACAGAGGUUACGCCGCUCGCUGUCGACGACAAGGGCAAGUCGGCGCGUCUGCACUACCUGUCGGCCGGCCCUGCGAAGCGCGAGGCGGAUGAGCCUGCUUCACCUUCGACACCCGCCGUCUCUUUCCUCGAACCCCUUGCGACACCCGCUUCGACUGGUCUGCGGUCUACCACCGCUUUCGAGGAUGAGGAGGGUACGCGCAGCGCAGCGGAGGAGGAAGACGAAGACCUGCGGGAUGGGACGACCGUUCUUCCCCUCGAGGACAACGAAAACAGGCGAUCCUUCCGCCGCCCCGGCACUCCUCCCUUCUCGCCCUCGCAGUCCAGCUUCCGCACAGACCGACUGUCGGUGCAGAGCACGACCGUGACCGACUUCUCCGACUGUUCGCCCUCGCCGUCUCCCUCCAUCGGCAGCGUUCGCAUGGCGCAGAUCACCAAGAUCCCGCAUCGGCCUUAUGCGCCGCGCAUGAGUCUUGGCGCGACGAGCAUCUUGUCCGAGUCGGUCGAGGAUGCGCCGGAGGACACGGAGGAAGCGGUCGUUUGGGACACCAAGGCUCUCUCGCGGAGAAGCCAUAUGGACCGCUUGCCGGAAGACCUGGCGGCCAUUCUUCGCGCAAAGGACGACCCCGAGCAGUCGACGAGCACGGUCACGCCGGACCUCGCGGGCGAGCAUCCUUCGGGGCCUGGCUCAAACCACAGCCACGAGACGCUCGCUGCCAAGAUUCCGCCGAGCUACUCGCAGAACUCGCUCGUCUCGACUGAGUCGUGGAAGGCGAGGCUCGAAGGCGUUGCGGACCAGAUCUCGGCGGAUCCCGCGGACCGAAUGAAGAGCAUUCUUGGCCUCAAAGUGAAGGUCAUCUCGAAGGCACCGUGGGACGACAGCGACCUCUCGCGACCUGCUCAACCGCCUGCGACUGCACGGCCGAAGCUGCUCGAACGCAAGUCGCUCGACAUGCUGACGACCGUGCGCGUCACCAUCGCUUCGUCCGACGCUCCAGUCGUCACAAGCGCUCCAACACACGGUCGGAGCUUCAGCGCCUUUACCCGCCGGAGCGCCAAGUCGGACGAGCGGAACAAGGAGCGCGACGACGCUCUGCGCGGGCUCGGACUCAAUAUUGGACUGCCGAACGGUCUCGCGGCGUCCGAGUCGAAGCGAUCGCUUAAGAGCGUCUUCGGCUCGUCAUCGCCGCCUGUGCCGCACAGCGACUCCUACCCCGACGUCGGCGCCGCCAGUCUUGCCGCCUACGCUGGCAAGGUUCGACCCGGCGCCGCAAGGUCCGAGUCUGCGACCAAGGCGACACGAGCCGCCAAGAACCUCGCUCCCGUCGUCUUCGACAGCAAGGCGCCAGGCUUCCCGCUCGCCUCGCCGAUCGCCGCCAUGCCUCCCGUCUCUGCCCCGCCGACGGUCACCCUCUUCGGUCGUCGCGCACUCCCGCCUUCCGAGUCAAAAAUCAGCCUGCCUGUCUCAUCCGACGGCAGUGCGCCGUCAACGCCCGGACCUUGCACGCCGAGCGCCUCGACCAUCCUCUCGCCUCCAGGCGGCUCGUACUUCGCGGCGAAACCUGGCGCGCCCAGCAGCGGGCGCAUCACGCCUGGCGGGUUCAACCACAAGCUCAUCUCGCUUGAAGAGGCCCGCCUGCGCGAGAGCGAGCGGUCGGCGGCGGCUCAGCGCAAGGCAGCUUCGACGCCUCCGCUUGAAGCGGCGGUGCGAAGCGAGUCCCCGAGGGGCCGCCCGUCGGCUGUCGAGUCUAUCCCCAUGCGCCGCGGUAUCUCGUCGCCCUCGGCCAUCUCGACGUCGCCCGUCCUCGCCGCGAGCGCGCCUACGCCCAAGGCGCUCAAGCCCAAGAAGAGCGGCUUCCUCAAGCGCAUGAUGGGCGUUGCCGACAAGCACGCCGAGCGGCCUGCCAUGCCUCUGGCGCUGCAGGCGUCCAUCUCGAGCAGCCCGAGUGUCGCGACGCUCGAUACCGCGUCGGCUUCGGCGCCCGCGACCAUGUCCCGCUCUGCCGGCCCCAAACUCGUCGCUUCUAUCCCUCCUUCCGCCUCCAACACUCGCAUUACGUUCUCGACGCCGCCUGCUGCUGAAGGCUCGGAGCGCGUCCGCCGGGUCCCAGCCCCGACCCUCUCCCUCCGCCCCGUCUCGAUGGCUUUCUCGGCCAGCCUUCCUUCCGACUUCCUUGCAGCUGGCCCUGCAGCACGCGCACUCGCUCAAUCGCUCUCACCACCGGGAGCGAGUUCGUUCCUCCUCUCUCAGCAACCCGCGUCGCUCUCCCCGCCUUCGUCCACCUCUCCCCUCUCCGAACCGCUUCACUCGCCUCGAGCCGCUUCAUUCAAGUCCAGCGUCUCUCCAACUACUCCCUCGCUCUUCGACGAACACGUCGCAGCGUCGGGAACGACUACGCCCAUGACUCCCGCCUUCUCGCUCUCCUUCCCCUCGCACGAGCGCGAAGGCGAGUGCGAGACGGUCCCGUUCGCGCGGUACGUGGCUCUGCAGGAAGAGUUUGCGAAGGCGAAGAAGGCGUGGCUAGGAAUGCAGUAUGAGCUGGAGGGGCGGGUGAAGGAGUUGGUUGGUGAAGUCGAGAAGGCGACGGCAUCGGCAAGGGAGUGCGAAAAGUGUGGUGGACAGGCCGGGGCGCGGGCUUGA